GCGUUGCGCUGUUACUGGGUUAUGCUUUAAAACGUAUAAAGGCUCAAAAGUGCUUGCUAGGCUAAGAGAUACAACUUUUCUCGUUCCAUUUUUCGCUGUUAUCGCAUAUGAUAUGAGGCUGAGAAGUCUGGUGUAUUGGAUGAAACACAAACACAACAACAGCUAGUCGAUCAAUGCAAUGAAGACAUAAAGGAGAAAGGAAAAAUGUUCAUUACAAUCAGAAUGUCACUACAAAUGUUGUACAGUAAGUUAGAUUGUAUUCGUCGGCCAACAGACAAAGCUGAACACAUGGACUCACUGGUGGCCAUUGAGUCUAGUGAGCUUGGUCGAGAAAAGAGUGAAGAGAGCAUUGAGCCACUUCCUUCAGAAGACCCUCUAGAAAUACUCCGCCAAGUUAUGAUACGAUCAAGAAAGCUUAUAAGCCAUGCUACGCUGGCUUUGAAUGAAGAAGAAUUGGAAGAUGCAAGAGCAUUAUUCCAAACAACUGUUACUGAAAAAAUUAGCAGAGCUGAAUAUGGUGAAGCUGAUAAGGAAGAACAAGAAAUUAUGGUUGACUAUGAUGUCGAUGAUCCAUCUGUGCUAACAAGAGCAGAGAUUAAGACAACAAGUAAGAAGAUUGUAGCACAAUUUGAGAAAUCACUAUAUGAUUUCUAAGACUGGAGGUACACAUGUGCAAUACAUCAGUAGAACAUUAAAGCAUGUAAUACGAAACAAAACCUGUACAAAAUCGAACCAUUUUGUGAAGCUCAUACAAUUUUACA